AUGGCCUUUGAGGAGCUCCUGGAUGAAGUUGGUGGCCUGGGAAAAUUCCAGAUCCUUCAGAUGGUUUUAAUUCUUCCUUCCCUCAUGAUAAUAGUUUGUCAAAUACUUUUGGAGAACUUCACUGCGGCCGUUCCUCUUCAUCGUUGCUGGGUCCACAUUCUUGAUAAUGCCACUGUCUCUGAUAAUGACACUGGACUCCUCAGUCGUGAUGUUCUCCUGAGCAUCUCCAUCCCACUGGAUUCAAACUUGAAGCCAGAGAAAUGUCAUCGUUUCCUCCACCCCCAGUGGCAACUCCUUCACCUGAAUGGGACCUUCCCCAACAUGACUGACCUGGACACGGAGCCCUGUGUGGACGGCUGGGUGUAUGACCACAGCUUGUUCUCCUCAACCAUCGUGACUGAGUGGGACUUCGUAUGUGAUCAUCAGUCACAGAAACCAGUGGCUCAAUCCAUAUUAAUGGCUGGAAUGCUGGUGGGAGGCUUCAUAUAUGGCCAUCUCUCAGACAGGUUUGGGCGGAAGUUGAUUCUCAGGUGCUGUUUGCUCCAGCUUGCCAUCUCUGGGACCUGUGCAGCCUUUGCCCCCACUUUCCUCAUUUACUGCUCCCUACGCUUCUGGUCAGGCUGUUCUGCUGUGGCCAUCGUGGCAAACAACAGUAUGUUGAUUAUAGAGUGGACAAGAUCCCAGUCAAAAGCCGUGAUAUUAACACUGAUAGCCUGUACCUUUAGUAUGGGACAGAUGAUGCUCGGAGGACUGGCUUUUGUCUUUCGAGAGUGGCGCACCCUGCAGCUGGUGGUGUCUGUACCUUUCUUUGUCUUCUUUCUCUCCUCAAGGUGGCUGGUGGAAUCUGCUCGGUGGCUGAUUAUCACCAAUAAACCAGAUGAGGGCUUAAAGGAACUUAAGAAAGUUGCACACAGAAAUGGAAUGAAGAAUGCUGAAGCAACCCUGAACAUGGAGGGUUUGAGAGUGAUCAUGCAGGAGGAGCUGGAGACAGCACAGAUGAAAACUACUGUGUUUGACUUGUUCCGCACACCCAACCUGCGAAAAAGGAUCUGUCUUCUGUUCUUUGUGAGAUUUGGAACCACAAUACCCCUUUAUGGCAUCUUCACCAAUCUACAACACUUUGGGAGCAAUAUAUUCCUGUUCCAGGUCAUCUUUGGAGCUCUCACUGGCUUAAUCCGAUGUCUUAUACCUCCAGUAUUGAAUCACAUGGGCCGUCGACCAACCCAGACGCUUCUCAUGUUCCUGGUGGGACUUUCCAUUUUGGCCAACACGUUUGUGCCCCAAGAAAUGCAGACUGUGCGUGUGACUUUGGCAAGUGUGGGAAUGGGCUGUGUUGCUGCCUCUAACACCAGUAUUUCUGUCCACUUUGCUGAACUCCUCCCCACUCUUGUCAGAGCAAAAGCUGCAGGCAUAGAUACGAUGGCUAGUAGGUGUGGGGCAGCACUGGCUCCCCUGCUGAUGACCUUAGCGGUGUACCUACCCGCCCUGCCCUGGAUCAUCUAUGGAGUGUGUCCCGUCAUUGCUGGUCUCCUCGUCCUCCUCCAACCUGAGACCAGACAUCUGCCUCUGCCUGACACAAUCCGGGAUGUGGAAGAUAAGAAACAAUUCUCAAGAAAAGUAAAUGACAAAGAUUUCUGCAUAAAAGUGACAAAAUUUUAA